UCCGCCCUGCGCCAUUUUCUCCUUCGCGGAACAACAAACGAAUAACAGCAUUGAGGGACAUCGCUCUUUUGGCCGAAAUGGCAGUGUAAACGUGUGCAGCGACCCAGCAGCAGCCAACAAAACAGUGCAUCCAGCCAGUGCACUGAAGUCACUUCUAAUUCAGCAAAAUGUCGUCCUUCAAGGAAACCCUCAGCACUGCUGCAUUCGACAGCAUAAAAGAGUUCGACGCUUUCCUAUCACUGUCACACACCCCAUUUGUGACCAACAACAGCCACUAUGACCAUGAUGAUGACAAACUCACAGUUUGGCCUGGAAGACAUGGAGGCCCUUCUCUGGGGGCCUUCCUCUCCCAUGGCUGACCCCAUGGGCUCCAUGAUUUUCCACCCUGACCAAGAAGAACAACACGGAGGAGCCUCACUGGAGGGCGGCACGUCGCCCCUCACCUCCUCAUCGCUGUCUUCUUCUUCCUCCCCUCCUCCAUUCUACUCUCCUCCUCCCUCACCGCCUGCUGUCCUCAUUCGUGGGGACAAAGUUGGGCCCGAGUCAGACCUGCUCUCCCUUCCCUGGUUGGACCACCCUGGUCAGCUGAGGUGCUCCCAGACGGUCGCAGAUGACGGCAAAGAGGAUGCGUUUGGUGACCUGGACUGGAUGGCUCAGAGGGUGGACCUGAGCGAGUUUGACCUGGACUCACUCAUUGGCUCCUGUAGUCCUGCCGAGGAAUCAUCCAGUACUCCAGAAGACCUCCUGGCCUCCCUCGACUGCCCCAUGGAGCUUGACUCCCUACCCACUCUGUCAACCCCAGCACUCACCAGUUUUCCCUCUGCUUCUCCUGAUGUACCUCCACCUACUUCUCCAACACUUUGCUCUGAUACCUCUGUUGUCCCUGCAGUUGAACCUGAAUCCAUAAUCGAGAGGCAGGAGGCUCCAUCUCCUCCCCCAUGUGUCCCAGAGCCCCAAGAGGAGCUUGAAAUCAAAUCUGAGCCUGUUUCCCCAGACCCUUCCUCCCCACUGGUAGAUGCGUCUUCCUCCCCUACCUACACCCUGGACCUGGGAAGUGAGGUGGAUGUGUCAGAGAGUGAAGUUGAAAUGUCAGAGGUGAAGCCAGUGGUAGCUUCAGUCAUCCCUCAGGUCCAGAGGCUGGUACUCUCCCUCUCACCAACCCGCAUUGUCCUUGUUCUGGCUCCCAAAGAUGAGCUCGGGAUCACCACCACCACUGUAACCACUACAUCAGCAGUUGAUGGAUCCCCUCCUCCAGUCUCCCCUUCACAGAGGUCCACCAGAGGCAGGCCAUACCCUGAGCCCAAAUUUAGAACUGGUCCGUCCUCUCCCAGCAGCCCCAGCAUCAAAGUCAAGUCCCUGCGGGGAACAGGUGGAGAAGAAAGGCUGCACUUCAAGGCACCGAAGGACAAGAAACUCAAGAAGAUGGAGCAGAAUAAGACUGCAGCCACCCGGUAUCGGCAGAAGAAGAGAGCUGAGCAGGAAGCACUUCUCUCAGAACAUACUGUUCUGGAGAGGAAGAAUAUGGAGCUGAAGGAGAAGGCUGAGUCCAUGGCAAGGGAGAUCGAGUACCUCAAAGAGUUGAUGGAGGAAGUCCGCCUGGCCAGGAUCAAAAAAGGUCUGAGUGCUGACCCCUAGUGGUUAAACUGAGAAAUGACAUGAACAUGUGAAAUGUGAAGUGGAAAAGUAAGAGAGUGGGCUCUGUAGAUGUUUUUCUCUCUUAAUGCUGGGUAUCAGUAUGUUUUAUCCACACAGCAUGUCUUUAAUGCAUACUCUAAACAAGAUAUUGUCUGUCAGAAUACUUUUUUAGAUAUCUAACCUGGUAUUAAAUAUUUAAGCUGUUAUAUUCAGAGUAGUUCUAUAGAAACAAGUAUUUUCCAUUCAGUAUGAUAACUUGUGUGUUGUAAGUAUAUUUAAUCUACCCUUGGACCUUAUAAACUUUGUAUUAGGAUGUCUUGUAAGACUUUUAUGUAUAGCUUGCUGGUAUUAUAAUGUAUCAACUUGAGAAUCUGUAUUAAACUCUUAAUAAAGAGUCAUAACCCUAA